UCCUUUUUUGUGUGUGUUUCUUUCAGAGGAUUCUCAAGCGACAGGCGAGAUGAAAAAGAGAGGACGUGGCAUGUCCGCGUUUUACAAAAGAAACCAUGGUCUCCAAAAGGGCUUCUUCUCUUCCUACAAACGUUACCCCAGCAUCAGCGCGUUUUAUAAGAGAAGCCCGGUAUUGGGGACCGUGUUUGCGCGUCCCGACCGAAAGCUGCACUCUUUCUACAAACGAAGUGUGUCGUCUGACGUCACUUCUGAAGAAGAGGACCAAGACGUAACGUCAACUAGCCGCUUUGCGCGAGAUCUGAGUUCUUUCUACAAGAGAGGAUUAGGAGUUGCAUCACUGAGCUCGUUCUAUAAGAGAGAUGACGAAACAGCGGAGGAGGAAGAUGGGGAUGAGCCAGACAAACGAGGGGGCAUGAGCGCUUUUUAUAAGCGAGGUUUAAACGGCGUCAGCUCGUUUUAUAAGAGAGGAUUAUCUCGUCAGAGCUCGUUUUACAAGAGAUUUCCUCAGUCUGUCAGCGCGUUCUACAAGCGAGAAUUUGGUAACCCGGAUAGCAGCUCUGCUCUAUUAGAUAAUAGUUUGGAUGGUCAGGAAAAGAGAGACUUUGGAUCUGGGUUGAGUUCUUUUUACAAAAAAAGCGGCCCGUUCAGCUUUUACAAACGCGGCAUGAGCUCACUAAGCUCGUUCUACAAAAAGCGUGGACUUGACUCUGGCUUGAGUGCUUUCUACAAAAGAGUUCCUGGCUCGGCUUUGUCUUCGUUUUACAAACGAUCAGGCCUUAGCUCCUUCUACAAGCGACCUCACACGUCAGGUGGCAUGUCCAGCUUUUACAAACGAGCGAGAGGGUUAUCCAGCUUCUACAAGAGGGAUGAUGAUUCUGAAGACACAGCCAUAGAUUCUAAUCACGCUCCCAUGAUGUCCUCAGAGGAUUCCUAUCACCGUAGCAAAAGAAGUAUCAAGACCGACGACCAUGAAGCGACGAUUCAAAGGAGAAGCACUGAUGCGUUGAGCAGCUUCUACAAGCGAGGUCUACAAGGCGUCAGCUCUUUUUAUAAACGUGCAUCGGGCCAAGGAGUCAGCAGUUUCUACAAAAGAUCCCCAUUUGGCGAAAUGAGCAGCUUUUAUAAGAGAUCUCCUUUCAACGGAGUGAGCAAUUUCUACAAACGGGGUGCGGAGUCUUACAGCAGUUUCUACAAGAGAAUGCUACCUGGAUCUCAAGAAAGCCGGUUUUAUAAACGUACGCCCAAUAGUUUGAGCAGUUUCUAUAAAAGGUCUCCCAACAAUGACGUCAGCAGUUUCUAUAAAAGAUCUCCGUAUGAUGACGUCAGCAGCUUCUACAAAAGAUCUCCGUAUGAUGACGUCAGCAGCUUCUACAAAAGAUCUCCGUAUGAUGACGUAAGCAGCUUCUACAAAAGAUCUCCGUAUGAUGACGUAAGCAGUUUCUACAAAAGAUCUCCGUAUGAUGACGUAAGCAGUUUCUACAAAAGAUCUCCGUAUGAUGACGUAAGCAGCUUCUAUAAAAGAUCUCCCUUCAGUGAUGUCAGCAGCUUCUAUAAGCGCUCGCCAUACUUCAACACUGUAAGCAGCUUCUACAAAAGAGGUUUCCCCCAACAGUCUCUCAGCUCUUUCUACAAGAGGUCGCCUUACCAGGGUGUCAGCAGCUUUUACAAAAGGAAUGACAAUGAGGAGGAUAUCAGUGAUAACGGCAAUGGGCUUGCACAGGACACAGACGUGUCACAUUGGGACAUGGACAACAAGCGAUCUUUGUCUUCAUUUUAUAAAAGAAGUAAUGGCCGGACUCUUAGUGCAUUUUACUGAACAGAGCAAAAGAAAUAAAAAUGUUAAGAAUGUACAUGGGAACAAUCAGCUGCACUCAGAGCAAGAACGUUCACAAAAAGUGAAAUUUAAGUGGUUAAGAAAGCUUGGAGUCUUAUGAAUAUUCACAUUUUCCAAAACAUUUAAUUACACGGUUAUAAGAGAAGGAAAAUUUUAUAGAGGUCAUAUAUAUUAUAUGAAAAGUGUUUGCAAUUUUUUUCGAAUUCGUCUUAUUUCUGUUUAAUAUUAAAUUUUAAUGAGUUUUUUUCUUGUUUCACACUCAUUUAAACGGUGUAGUUCUAAUCUUAAUUUUUAAUAGGGUGAGGGUGGACAAGCGAUGAAUGAAUGGACUGGCUGUCAAGGAAAUAUUAAAAGCUUGGGUGACAGAUUUCAAGCAUCUGACAAAAACCUUUUAAAUACCAACCAUGAAAUUGACGUCCAUUAAUGUGCUCUAAAAAUAAGCAUAAGAUUACAGAGGGUCGAACUCAAGCUAGAACAGAAAAAGAACCAGUAUUUAAAUGACAUGCUUUUUUUCUCUUCGAAAAGUAAAAAAAACAAAAACAACAACAACAAAACAAAACCAAAAAAACA